AUUAUGACUUAAUUCUUUGGAUAAUAAUGUACUCUAAACUACGGUAUUAUACAAUGUUGUUUGGAAAUUUUAGGAACUCAGCAUGGUCCUUCAUUCCACAUGGUUUAUUGCAGGGGGGUCCAGACUUUUUCGACUUGGGAGCUACUUUUCAAAUGACUGGGGAUCUACCAGAUCUACCUCCCUUUGAGUGAAUCCGAUCUACUUAUUGGGCACCCCUGGUUUACUGAAUGCGGCAUAUCUGACAUUUUCACUUUACACCAGUUGGUGGCAGAAGAACAAGAAUUAUGUUGUUUUCAGUAAAAACAAGAGAAGAAAAAGCAGUUCUUUCAGUCGUCAGAUUCUUGCAGAAAGACACUGCUUGUUCGUGUUAUCAGUGUUGCUAAGCUAAGUCCACACACACCAAACUCUGUAGAAAACGGCAUGAGUUUAAUAUCAGUUGUUAGUUUUUCUUUAAAUGUUUGACUUGACAAUAUGACAAGAAAGCUAGAGACGCUAUUGAAUUUAAUGUUUGUAAUUCGGCGGUCAAGUAAGACUAUAAAUAUAAGACUUAUACGUGGUUGCUGUUGCACAAAAACGAGGAACUUAGUUAAGUAGGCUCAGGAAACGCUUAGUGAGGUACCAGUAGCGAAAGCAGAAGUAUUUAUUCAUUUUAUUUUAAAGAGUCAUGGAUGUCAGUGGUUUUUGUUGUCUCUUUAGUUGUGCACUUAAAUCUAGCAUCCAUUUAAAUCUGGCUAAAAACACAUACAGUAGUUGGCUCUUGGGUCUGUCAUAGAACCUUCCACUGUAAAAAACAAACUGAUAAAAGAGAAUCCAAACAUUUUUGUUGUUAUACUAUAAGCAAAGUUUGAUAGGGUUUUUUUUAGGGACUGUUAAAAGUUUGUUGUGUCCUUGUCAGCACUGAGAGUAUUGUGUUUGGUAGCUGCUUAGCCUUAAACUGAAUUUGCCAUUUCUUAAGGUCCUAUGUUAUUAAAUUUAAGUUUCUUUGUUUGUAUUUUUUAAGUGCUACAGGCUCUCACUAUGGCUCAGAACCAGGUGAUCCUGCAGUUUUGUUUUGCCACUUUUGGCGACACCAUGCUGCAAAAGAUGAACAUGCUCCGACACCAGAGACGCUUCUGUGACGUCACUGUGCGCAUCAACCAGCUGAAGUUCCCUGGUCACAAAGUGGUGUUUGCCGCUGGCUCGUCUUUCUUGAGAGAUCAGUUCAUCCUGCAGCAGGACUCUGGGGAAGUGCAGAUCUCCUUGAUCCAGCAGGCAGAGGUUGGAAAACAGCUGCUGUUGUCAUGCUACACUGGCCAGCUGGAGUUUCCAGAGCUGGAGCUGGUACAUUAUCUAACUGUGGCCAGCUUCCUUCAAAUGGGUCACAUCGUUGCACAGUGCACUGAAGCUCUUAGUAAGUUCAUCGGGCCUCAGGCUCCUCGACAGUUGCCUUUGGAUGUGGGUAUUAAGAGUGUGGAGGGUUCAUCUUCUCAGGCCCAGAAGGAGCAAGAAAGCUUUCAUGACAAAAGUUCUGAUAAUGACAUAGAUGCUGACUGUGAUGACAAAGUUGACGGUGUUGUGUUUAUGCAACCCAAGUCCCCUCCCCAGAUCUUAGGCAAAAACUCAAAGCACAAUAGAACGAAUGGUGACAUUACAAUUGUAAAGGUAGAAUCAGUAUCUGACACAGUAAAAAACUCCACUGCUGGCCCACCUGCUGCUCUGAGCUCCCCGGAGCCACAGCAUUCCCUCAUCAACUCCACAGUAGACAGUCGCAGCAGUGAAAUGACAGUUCCAUCCGGCAUCACUGAAUACCCGCUCAGUCCACCCCCUCGAUCGCCUCCCUCGGAAAAGCACAGCACCCACCAGCGAAACUACGACAAGCCCCUACAGUGGUACCACCAGUGUCCAAAGUGUGCCAGGGUAUUUCGACAACUUGAGAAUUAUGCCAACCACCUGAAGAUGCACAAGCUCUUUAUGUGUCUUCUAUGUGGAAAGACUUUCACACAGAAGGGCAAUCUGCAUCGACACAUGCGCGUCCAUGCCGGCAUCAAGCCUUUCCAAUGUAAAAUUUGUGGUAAGACAUUCACCCAGAAAUGUUCCUUACAGGAUCACCUUAACCUGCACAGCGGGGACAAACCACACCGCUGCAACUACUGUGACAUGGUGUUUGCACACAAGCCAGUUCUUCGAAAGCACCUCAAACAGAUCCACGGGAAGAACAGCUUUGACAAUGCAAAUGAAGGCAACCUGCACGACGGAGGGCUUGAUUUCGUUUUUAGUCGAAUGUGAAACCCCUGGAUUUUUUUUUACUUUUGGUGUGUUCAAUAGAAUAAUUUUAAUGAAAGAUGGAUCCUUUUUUCUAGGAUGGGAUAUUUUCUCAGAUGGGUUAUCAGAAAUCUAAGAGAGGAGAGCCGAAUGGUUAUUUAAAUACAUGACACAUUUUACAGCUAAAUACUGUUACCUUUACCUUAUUGCUGUGGACUGUUUACCUUUAGCUAGUAGGUCAUACUUUCUCAAUUUUCUGGUAGCAGAAUUGAGAAGCCUCUGUUGCUGGUUUGGUAUUUAGUCUCAUGAACCAGGUCAUAUCCUGCGUCUGUAUGUUUGUAAAGGUGCGUUAGAUUUUAUCCACUCUGUUUCCCAAACGAAGGCCCUAAAUGCAUGUUUCAUAUGUCACACUACUUGCUCUACAGGUGUUGUUGUAGUCCUUUCCCAAAAAAACUAAAUAAGCUAAAAAGAAAAAAAAAACUUUCUGUUCAUCAGUUUUAGAAAACAAAGAAAUACAGACUUGUGUGAGACCCACAAUUCCAACAUUUUUAGAUCCAAUAAUCAUCAGAUUUUUUUUAACAGUGUCUUAAUUGACACUCACUUUUUCUUUGUUUUUUGUUUUGUUUUUUGUACCUGAACCCUGUAAAAAUAUUGAGCUCACUUCAUAAUUGUAGUGGGAAAGACGUGAACUUAAAAGGAAAGAGAAUGUCAAGUG